AACGCAAAACAGUGUUAGCUCCACCACCUCGACCGGGCAAAGCAAGCAGUUAAUCGAUCAUGGGCGGCGGGCACGACAUGCACGGCGGCCAUGGCGGCGGCGUGAAGGGGUUCGUGUCCAGCCUCGUCGGCGGCGGGAAAGGCCAUGGACAGGGCCACGGCUACGGCGGCCAGGGACACGGUUACGGCGGACACGGGCAGCAGCACGGGUACCCUCCACCCGCCGCCGGGGCGUGCCCUCCGUACGGCGGCUACCCUGCGCACGGCUACGCGCCGGCGGCGUACCCCGCGCAGCCGGCGCCGCACCACGGCGGCCACAUGGGAAUGGGAUCGUACCAGACCGGCCACGGCGGCGGCGGGCAUGGCCACUUCGGCGGGAAGCACAAGGGCGGCAUGUUCGGCGGCGGCAAGCACGGCAGGAAGUGGAAGUGAAGUAGAUCGUCAUAUCGAUCACAGUUUCGUAUCGAUCAAUGGCGCGUCGGACGCGCCCCGAUACGCACUUAAUUAACCAUGCCCCGUAUGUAUACGCGUACGUAAAUAAAGGGCUUGGUGCGUAGGCACCGCGCGCGUUCAGCUUGGCUUGAGCUGGUAUACGAAAUAAAAGUACUCCGUCCUACAAAAUCUUGUACUCCGCCGGUCCGCCCUACAAAGUACCAUUCUCUGCUGUCGGCUCGUAUGUACUGACUACUAUACCCAGCAAAAUGUUAUACGGUA